UUCUCCAUCAUGACCACGUUUCACCUUUUUAAUUCAAAUCUGAAAACAUCAGAACUGGAAAAAAUAAAGAACAAAAUACAAUCAAUGAAAUUGAUCAGAUGAUCUGGAGUCGCUACAAACCCCCAAGAACAGGACGAGUUCCUGAGACGGACAUCGACCCGGCCUUUCCUAAAGGUUAAAGGUCAAAUAAAAAGCUGCAGUCCAACCUCAGGUCACAUUCAUAGUUUUUAAAAUCUGACUCAGUGAUUACGGCCAAAACCAGAAUCUGGGCUUGGUUCUGUUCUGGGGUUACUAUGGUUCUGUUCGCUCCAGCAGGAGCAGAAACUCAAUGCUUUAGGAAAUGUUCUGACCCGGUGAGCUCUGAGCAUUGGGACUCGGCGUUGCCAUGGCUCCCAGUCUUACCGACUGACGUCGGACAGGAGACGCAGAAGCCAAAAACCCAGAAGUUUACAUACGCCGCUGUUUCUCAGCGAAGUGAAGUUAAAUCAGACCAAACUUCUCAGGUCAGAAUCACCUAAAUUAUUUCUAUUUGUUCAAUGAGAGAAAAGAAUUUUAUUUGAACGUCUUCAAGAUCAGGUGGCGGCGUCAGAAGUCUAAGCAGGGACACCCAGAGAACAUGGAGCCGGUCCAGAGCCCACCAGGAGGCGCUGCGGAGUGAAACCCAAUUACUCUUGGGAUAUAAAACAGGCUAAAGCUGAAACGAAUUCAGACAGUGAGCGACUUUCUGCUCACUUCCUGUAGAACAUUCAUCAGACACUUUAGUCAUGAAGGAUGAUGCACCAGCAGGUUCAGAACUUUACAACACAGAUUCAGUUCAUAUGCAAGUCUUUGUCGUAAAUAGAACAGGUUGAGUUAAAUUGAUACACAGAAAUGAAUAACUAGUCCAGGGGGGGCAACUCCAGGCCUGGAGGGCCGGUCUCCUGCGUCUCUACUUCAACACACCUGAGUCAAAUAAUGAGGUCAUUAGCAGGACUCUGGAUAAGCUGACUGCACUUAGGAGGUGAUUCAGCUGUUGGAUUCAAGUGUGUUGGACCAGGGAGACGUCUAGGAGUUGCAGGACACCGGACCUCCAGAACCAGGACUGCCCACCCCUGAUCUAGAGGAAUCCAAGCUUGGAAUCGUUCACAUUCAGUCACAAAUAUGAAGAUUGUGUAGAACCUUAAAAGGUUCACAAGGUAUGGAAGUCAGGUGAUCUCUGACAUCACUUCCUGCAUCUCAGACCAUAGCAUCACUUUUCUAAAACCUCCUUUCUUUAGCAUGCACACAUCUCCACAUGAUGGUCUUCUGUCUUCUCCUUCAUUCGGCUCAGACACUGAGGAAAAAACAUGAGUGCUGCAGGUGAUGUACACCGAGGAUCAGGGCCGCGCUCUGGGACUGGGCGGCUGGGUGAAGAACACCCGACAGGGGACGGUGAUCGGCCAGAUCCAGGGACCGGCUCAGCGGGUCAACAGCAUGAAACUUUGGUUGAAGAACGUCGGCAGUCCGAGUUCUCGGAUUGACCGAGCCGUUUUCUCCAACGAGAGAGACGUUUCUAAACUGGAGGUCCAGGGCUUCUCCACUCGCUACUGAGCAUGCUCAGACUAACAAACAGCUUCAUUAGUAGUUAUUUAAACUCUGCAAAGGAUGCAAACAAACCAACUAAAUGUGUUUCAGCCUAAUAUGCAAACUGUCAACAGAUAAAACAUCAGGAUUUAUGGAUAAUUCAGGCUGCAUGUGCUCAGUGGAGAUGCUGACUGUAGUGUUUCUGUCAUGUGCUGCUGUUGUGGUCAGGUUGGUCAGCUGCUCUCAUAAAUCUCCACAGCAUCAGAACAGCAGGAAGAUGCUAAAGAUCAUCUAAGUUUUCAUUUCCCGACCCAGAACCGCUGAGAACCAAAGCUGAUGGGGUCUGGUCAUUUGGCUAUUGUUAACAAAAAGGUUUGAUGUGUUUGAUGUUGAAGACCGUCGGUGCUGAGCGCCAGAGUCCUCGGUGCAAAACAAUCAAAUCUUCACAUCUGUAGUUCAAUCAAGAUUCUCAACUUGCUGUUCUCUGCCGACCAGAACCAAGAAAGACCAGAAUCAGCCGUUAGCUAGAGCCUGACAGACGGCUCUCACUCUGUAGUUUGUUCUUUUCUGGAAAGCUUUUAAUAAAUUUCUUAAUUCUUCUAA